UAUGGCAGAUGUGAGGCUGAUGUCAAGCUUGAAUUUUGCUAAGACCCCUGUGACUGGGGAUCAUGUGACCUCCUGUGUGACUCCUCUCCUCCCCCGAGCUGCCCCAGCAUUUUCCCUGCCCCCGAGGAACAGCCGCGUCUCAGUGGGAAGAACCAUAAGGAUCGAUGGAAAGGUCAGGGGCUGUCCAGACCCUCAGGUCACAUGGUACAGAAGCGGACAGCCGGUUGUGAGCGGGGGGCGACGCACCGUGGAGCAGAGCGCGAGGGGAACCUUCUGCCUUACCAUAAAAGACGUCACCGCGGAAGACGGUGGAAAAUAUACGUGUGAAGCAUCCAAUGAGGAGGGAGUGCGACAAGUGACCAUCGAACUCACCGUGGAGGGUAGCUCAGCCAUGAAGUACAGUUUGCCCCCGAGCAGCAGGAGCGCAGGGAGCCCAUUCGCUAUCCCUCCGAUAGAAAACCGGCCAAGCAUUUGGGGAGAGUGUCCCCCUAAAUUUGUUACUAAACCGACUCGCCUUGUGGUGAAAGAAGGUCAGACCGGAAGAUUCUCAUUCAAGAUAACUGGGCGACCACAGCCCACCGCCACGUGGGGCAAGGACGAUGUUGAGCUGCGGAGCGGAGGGCGAUAUUACAUGUAUGACAAGUCCGGGGUUUACUUCCUGGAGAUUCGCGGAGCGUGUAACACGGAUGCCGGGAUUUAUACCUGUUCUGUGGUUAACAGUUGCGGGAGCAGCGCGGUGUCUGUGGAACUGGUGGUUCAAGGAUGUGACCGGACGGACGGAAUUUCGUCAGAUCUUGGAUCCCCUGGAACUUCUACAAACAAGAUGGCGGUCAGCUCAGAGGUGGGCACAGAUGGCACCCGGAGCCCUCAGGGGGAUGCAGGCCAGACCGAUCCUGUCCAGAUCAGUAAAUGGUCACCAACAAGUCGUGGAAAAGACAAGUUUAACGAACGUUGCAGCAGAACGCCUUAUGUGCCGCCAGCAUCUUCCACGUCCUCGGCGUCUUCCGUGUCCUUAGUUUCUUCCGUGUCUUCCUUGUCCUCGGAAUCUCGUUUGUCCAGCGCUAAGACUGAGUCUCCGAGAAGGCUUGAGAGAGGCUUAGCUUCGCCCCUUUUGAGCACGGACAUCCUGGGAUCUAUACGUAGGGUCCGUGAAGAGCAUGGGUCUGAUGGGUCCGUGAAGAGCAGCUCCUACACAAAACCUCAGGCCACAAGUUCUGCCAAAGAUUCCCCAUCCAUAGUCUCCCGAUACACGGCCAUGCUAGAGUCGAAGACCAAAUCGUCUUCACCUGGUAGAGAACCUGCCAAGCAGUCUGUAAAGGACAAACCUUCUUCCACGGAUUCGCAGACCCCCACAGUCACCUCAUCAAUAAGACCCCCACUGCCUCAAAAAGAGACCCCGGGUGGAGCCAACAAGGAGGAGCGAACUGUCGCCUCCAGGUACACAAGUAACAUAGAGUCAAACCUCAGACCUCAGUCUACAGUGAGAGGAACCACAAGCUCUAAGGAAAAGUCUUCUGCUGAGAUCCUGCAGAGCGUUGCUCCACUAGCAGCCAUGGAGCUUGGUCCUAAAUGGCCAGAGAAGACCGGUGACUGUAGCGCUCUUCAUCCGCAGGGUUUAGCCUUAACCUCCAAGAAUCCUCCACCUGUGUCAACCAUGGAGACUUCUCUGAGCUCCAUCAGGAAGACUUUGUCUCCAGUCGACUCCAACCCCAAGACGUCUUGCGUUACACCUGAAGAAUCAUCUCUGAAGAGCACGCAUCGCCCUGCAGCCAGAGCCGAGCCGACCAGAGGUCCAUCCUGCCAGUCAGUGAGGAGCAUCUCUCUGAAGACAAGUUUCCCAACUUCUCCUAAGUCAUCUGAGAAGGAAAGUGCGGACCCGAAGCUGCAGGGUCCACGGAGUCCUGAGGGUGGAGGAGGUGUGAAGAAGACGUCCACAGCUCCUGCAGUAACUCCUCAGAUAUCGUCCAGCACCAUCACCCUGAAGUCUGUGAAGGUUCAGCCGGACACUGACCGUGGCCGCUCUGGGAACCGUCACAAUGUGGAUCACGUGGCGCCCCGGACCCAGAGAGCGUAUGAUAGAAACCAGAAGGGGGCUCUAGAGGCGCAGACAUUGGGCUCCAGAAAAGCACCAAACUUUGACCUGGCUCCAUCCAAUCUGGAGGUGUCUGAAGGCAGCAAAGUGGUGUUCCAGUGCAAAGUGUCAGGAGAACCUCCGCCUCAUCUUGAAUGGUUUAAGGACGGCUCCCGGGUGCAGGGAAAGGAGGGGGUGCUCCUCGGAGAAGGAUGCCACAUUCAUUCCUUCCACUUGCUGAAGGCACGGACAGAAGACAGCGGCACCUACAGCUGUGAAAUCUCCAAUCUGCUCGGUCGCAGGUCCUGUACCUGGAGCCUGGAGGUGAAACGCUUUGAAGCUGCACAGUUCGCUCCGCACUUUACUCAGGUCUUAAAGGACCGAACUUUGAUGGAAGGAGAGGACCUGGUUCUGAGCUGCGCCGCGCGUGGAGAUCCACAGCCGGACGUCAGCUGGUUGUUAAAUAAUCAGCCCAUCCGAUAUGCCCAUGCCACCUACGAAGAUGGGAACGCAGAGCUGACGGUGCGGGAUGCUCUACCUGAGGAUCGGGGCGUCUACACCUGCCUUGCGCAGAACAUCCUUGGAUCGGCCUCCUGCAGCGCGGUGGUGACUGUGGCCGGCAGAGAGUCUCCUGGGAAGCUCGAAGGUCCCCGGUCUGUGACUCCCAGCGUCAGUUUUGCUCCGGUUUUUGUGAAAGGCCUCAGUGAUCUCCAGGUGAUGGAUGGGAGUCAGGUUGUGAUGAGCGUGGAAGUGACAGCCCAUCCCCCCGCGGAGAUUCUCUGGUUCCAUAACGGUAAUGAGAUCCAGGAAACAGAAGAUUUUCACUUUGAGCGGAGCGGCGACACCUUCUGCCUCUACAUCCAGGAGGUGUUUCCUGAGGACACCGGCAAAUACACCUGUGAGGCCUGGAACAGCCUGGGGCAGGCCCGGACGGAGGCCACGCUGACCGUGCAAGAGCCGCAGGAGGGCACUCAGCCCUGGUUCAUCAGCAAACCCAAACCGAUGGUGUUGGUGCCCGGGCAGAGCGCGCUGGUCUCCUGUGCCAUCGCUGGAGAUCCCUUCCCUGAGGUUCGCUGGAUGAAGGAUGGCCGUGAGCUGAGCGACGGCGAGGUCCUGCAGGAUGAAGACGUCUUCACAUUAAUCCUGAGGAGCGUCCGAGAGGAAGACGCCGGAGUCUAUGAGGUCCUCCUGAAGAACAUGGUGGGUGAAUGCAGCUGCCAGGUGCCCGUGAUGCUGCAGGAGGACGCGCUCGCAGGCAGGGCGCUCACACAGCAAAGGGAGCAGCCGGGCUUUUCAGAAAGAGAUGGAUGUGGACCUGACAGUGCACUAAGGAUUGGAGGUUUGACCCACAGAGCUGACGAUCAAGAGAGCAUCCGUGGUGUACUCAAGAGGAGAAUAGAGGUUAAAGAACGUACAGAGGAAAAGCUCCGGAAGCAAGAAGCUGAGCAGCUGGACUUCCGUAAUCUGCUGGGAAAGAAGGUGACCACCAGAACCGUUUCUGAGGAGAACCUUAAAGACGUCUCGGCCGAUCAGAUGGACUUCAGAGCCAACCUUCAGCGACAGGUCAAGCCAAAGUCCUCGUUGGAGGAUGAGCGCAAAGUCCACAGCCCACAGCAGGUGGAUUUCCGAUCCGUACUGGGAAAAAAGACUCCUGUCUCAAAGCCCCCUGUAGUGGAAAAAGUUGUAGCCAAACCCGCCACCCCCGACUUCAGGUCAGUCCUAGGAAAUAAGAAGAAAGUGCCAACCGAGAAUGGAAAUGCCAACGGCAACAGCGCUGAGCCCCACGAAAACGCCGAGCCGUUCAGCAGAGAGGACAAACUGAAGCCGCUGGUCAAAAAUGAAAAGCCAAAGCCUGCUGUCAAGGAGGAAGUUCUGAAGCCGGUGAUCAGUCUGGAGAAAUCAAAGUCUCCGUUCACCCAGGAAAAAGCCAAACCUCCGGCCGUGAAGGACGAGAAGCCGAAACCUGGCGCCAAGGAGGAGAAUGCGAAGCCAGUGGUCAACCAGGAAAAGGCGAAACCCCCGACCAAAGAGGACAAUGCAAAACCAGUGGUCAACCAGGAAAAGGCGAAACCCCUGACUAAAGAUGACAAUGCAAAACCAGUGGUCAACCAGGAAAAGGUGAAACCCCCAACCAAAGAGGACAAUGCAAAACCAGUGGUCAACCAGGAAAAGGCGAAACCCCCAACCAAAGAGGACAAUGCAAAACCAGUGGUCAACCAGGAAAAGGCAAAGGUGACGGUCAAUGAAGAAAUUGCAAAACCAGCCGUAAACCAGGAAAAAGCAAAGCCCUCAGGAAAGGAGGAGAAGUUAAAAGCUGCAGCCAAUGAAGAAAGCACCAGACCCCCAGUCAAGGAAGAUGCUGCUAAGCCCUCCGCGGUGGAGGAGAACUCCAAACCUGCCGCCAAGGAGGAGCAGGUUGAGCAGAACUGUGUGUCCGUGGUGGAUGGAGAAGUAGAGAACUGUACGACUGUAGAGAGUGCGGUGGGAACUCCACCUGUUUUCUCCGAGGUCUUACAAGAUGCCAAGUUGGUGGAUGGAGACAAGCUGGCUCUACAGUGCCGGGUCACCUCAGAGCCACCACCAACCAUCACGUGGACUCUCAAUGGAAAAGUCAUAAAAUCGUCAAAAUUCAUUGUGCUCGCUCAGGAAGGGUCCGUCUGUUCUCUGACCAUCGAGAAGACCUUCCCUGAGGAUGGCGGACAGUACAAGUGUGUGGCCGAGAAUUCAGCAGGAAAAGCAGAGUGCACCUGUAAUGUGACAGUAGAAGAUACUUCAGGAAAAACUGGGAUAACAAAGACCAAGAAGGCAAAAAGUAACACUGCCCCCGCCAACAUCUCAGAAAAUGAAGGCACCAUUAAGAAGAAGCCAGCACCGAAGAGUCUCCUUAAAUCAGCUUCUCCACCCCAGAUCCUUCAAUUCCCAGAAGACCGGAAGGUCCAAGCCGGGGAGUCUGUGGAGCUCUUCUGCAAAGUUGCAGGGACGCAGCCGAUCUCAUGCAUGUGGAUGAAGUUCAGGAAGGAGAUAAAAGAGAGUGAAUUCAUUAAGAUAGAGAAGACGGAGGACACCUGCAAACUGACCAUCUCCUCUGCGCGGCAAGAGCACUGCGGCUGCUACACGCUGGUUGCGGAAAACAAACAUGGCUCCAGGCAAGCGCAGAUCAACCUGACUGUGUUCGAUAAACCUGACCCUCCCGCGGGUCAGCCGUGCGCCUCGGAAAUGAAAGGCUCUGCCCUCACCUUGUCGUGGUAUGGACCGACGUAUGACGGGGGGAGCGUGGUACAGUCCUACACGGUGGAGAUCUGGGACUCGGUGGAGAAGACGUGGUCUGACCUGACGCAGUGCAGGAGCACCUCCUAUAACGUGGAGAAUCUGCUGCACGACCGAGAGUACAAAUUCCGGGUACGAGCCACCAACGUGUACGGAACCAGCGAGCCGAGCCAGGAGUCCGAGCCGGCGGCCUACAAAGAGAAGGUGGCAGAAGAACAUAAAGAUGAAGCUGAGGUUUCAGACGACGAGGACAAGCAGACUGAGCCGGAGUACAGGAACGUCGUUAUAAACACCGCCCAGAAGGUGUCCGACUUCUAUGAUGUGGAGGAGCGGCUAGGAACGGGGAAAUUCGGACAAGUAUUCCGCAUUGUGGACAAGAAGAGUCGGAAGGUGUGGGCCGGGAAGUUCCUGAAGGCGUAUUCCGCCAAGGACAAGGAGAGCAUCAGACAGGAGAUCGACAUCAUGAACUGUCUGCACCACCCCAAACUGGUUCAGUGCGUGGACGCCUUCGAGUCCAAGAGCGACAUGGUGAUGGUGCUGGAACUGGUCUCUGGGGGGGAGCUGUUUGAGAGAAUCAUCGAUGAAGAUUUUGAGUUGACGGAAAGAGAAGUCAUCAAGUACAUGAAGCAGAUCGUGGAGGGCGUGGGGUUCAUCCACAAGCAGGGCAUCGUCCACCUGGACCUCAAACCCGAGAACAUCAUGUGCGUCAACAAGACCGGCACCAAGAUCAAGCUCAUUGACUUUGGUCUGGCCAGAAGAUUAGAAAACACCCCGAAUCUUAAAGUGUUAUUUGGGACCCCUGAAUUUGUGGCCCCCGAGGUGAUCAAUUACGAGUCCAUAGGAUACACCACGGAUAUGUGGAGCAUUGGAGUCAUCUGCUAUAUUUUGGUGAGCGGUCUGUCACCAUUCAUGGGUGAUAACGAUAACGAGACCUUGGCCAACGUCACCUCCGCCACCUGGGACUUUGAUGAUGAAGCUUUUGACGAGAUUUCGGAAGAGGCAAAGAACUUCAUCAGCAGCCUCCUGAAGAAGGACAUGAGGUUUGUCACUAGAGAAGGAAACCUUGUAUCUUGGUAUGUGACAGUGUUACCAGCGAGUGCCGGCCGUUAG